AUGAAUAAUGAUACAGUGGACAAACUGGUCAUCUUCCUAGCAAAGAGAGAUGGCAUUGACAAGCUUGUUAAGACCUUCCAAUAUGUCUCUAAGCUUGUCCACUGGCAUGUUGAGGCUAAAAACCCAGAAAUUGCUCAAAGAGCAAAGCAGUGGGAAGUUGCCUCUGGCCUAAGCCGGAAGGCUUUUCGAACCGGCCGGUUUCUCACAGGAUUCAAUGCAUUGAGAAGAAGCCCUGGCUCCACGCCUACCCUUCGGUUCCUUGCUGUUCUUGCUAAUGCAGGGGAAAUGGUCUACUUCUUUUUUGACCACUUUCUUUGGCUCUCUAGAAUUGGAACCCUGAACCCAAAUUUGGCCAGGAAGAUGAGUUUUAUAUCAGCCUUUGGUGAGUCGUUUGGAUAUAUCUUCUUCAUCAUAUCUGAUUUCAUUGCAUUGAAGGAGGGGCUAGAGGCAGAGAGAAAGCUUGGUGCUUUGGAGGACAACAAGUCCAGAGACAAGAAGAUUGAGAGUUUGAGAAAGAUUAGGAGUGAUAGAGUGAUGAGGUUAAUGGCAGUUGCAGCUAAUGUUGCAGACUUGUUCAUUGCAGUGGCGGAUAUUGAGCCUAACCCCUUCUGCAACCACACUGUGACUCUUGGGAUCAGUGGGCUAGUCUCUGCUUGGGCUGGUUGGUACAGAAACUGGCCCUCAUGA